CCUUGUGUUUGCACCGCAGCAAUGGCACAGAUUUGACAAUGCCGAUAAGCCAAGAUGUCAUGGGCAGCUUCGGCGAGUCUGCAGCUACCAGCUUCAGGGAUGCAGCCCAAAGAUGCUGCAGACCAAGAGGCCGAAGAUAAAGCUGUAAGCGACAAAUGCACGCUUUUGCGCACACGACUGGGUGGACUUCCUGAAGAGGAUCGCCAGUUUGCCACCGAUAUUUUGACGUCCCAGAUCCGAGAGACUUGGGCACUUCGGCGGGCUUUAGCUGCUCAAAGAGAGGAUGAUGGAGGUCGCCGCGGCCUAUUUCAGCUCCGAAUUUUUGAAGCAGAAGCUAAGAUGGCGCGGAAAGAGGAGUUGGUCGAAGCAGAGCUGUGCGCAGAAUUGGUACAAGAAGCCAAAGGCCUUGCAGCCCAGGCUGAUUCACUACGGACGCGAGACCAAUCCCGGGACCCCAGGUAUGCUCACUGGGAAGAAGCUGCAGUGCGUUUGCCUGCGGCAAUCACCACUGAAGCGGCCUUGCGUGACCGUGUGGAGCAAUUGAGCCAACAAGAGCAACAGGUCUAUUCGCAGGUGGAGGAGUGGCAACGCGAAUCCGCGGCCGAACUCUUGUCCUGUCGCUUUGAAGUCAGUGACCUUCAGCGGCAAUGCGGCGAACUGCGAGGCGAGCUGGUUCAAGCACAGGCUGAGAUGUCUAUGGCCUCACAAGGUGCUGUGGAGGUUCAGUUUCCUCGCAAGGAUGCAAGUGAAAUCCGCGAGUCUCAGCAUGUGUAUGGCCGAAGUGCUGCCAUUCGGUGGCAUGAUCCCGGAUGUGUCUUUGAUGCCUUCGCCUCACCUGGCCCAGAGAGGGCCCAGAUGUUUCCCGCAGACUUCGGCCACUUGUGCGAACGCCUGCGGCGAGCUCAGGGCCGUGGCCCGAGUGGGGAGAAGGAGCGACGCGACUUUGCGGAUUUCGCAUUCAGCGCAGUCUUUGGCAACGAAGCUGCGGUGGAUCGGUCCACUUUCAUGCGUUUGUAUCCGCAUUUUGCAUUGAUGCUACAAGAGCUGGAAGAAGCAUUUGUGAAAGAUGAUUGAGAAACCCGUUCCAAGGUUUGGCCUUCUGAAGGUGAAAAAUCAGAUUGGACAUCAAGAUGCUGAUGAUCGACUAGCCACGAGAACAUGUUGGCAAGGCGCUGCUAAGGCCUU